AUGGCUGGGGAAAAUUAUUCUGCAGUGACAGAGUUCUUCCUCCUGGCUCUCACAGACAAGCCCAAGCUGCAGGUCACCCUCUUUGUGGUGUUUCUAUCCAUCUAUGUGGCAGCUCUGCUGGGGAAUCUGGGGAUGAUCAUCUUGAUCAGAAUUGAUCCCCGACUCAACUCCCCCAUGUACUUCUUCCUCAGCAAUUUGUCCUUCAUAGAUAUUUGCAGCACCUCGACCAUCACCCCCAAGAUGCUGGUGACCUUAUGCAAUCAAAAUACCAUUUCUCUUCCUGGCUGCAUAGCACAGCAGUUCUUCUAUUCGGGGGUCAUCACCCUGGAAGCCAUCACGCUGGCAGUGAUGGCGUAUGACCGCUAUGUAGCCGUAUGCAACCCUCUGCACUAUAACACAGCCAUGUCUCCCGCCAUUUGCUUUCAGCUCGUCACCUGUUCCUACGCGGCCAGCUUCACCACUGCCAUCGUCCAAGUCAGCUGUACCUUCAGUUUAGUCUUCUGCAGCUCCCACAGGAUCCAGCAUUUCUUCUGCGACAUCCACCCGCUGCUGAAACUCUCCUGCUCUGACACCCGCAUCAACGAGAUGGUGCUCUUCACUUUCAGCUUUGUCAUUGGCUUGCCCACUUCCCUGCAAAUCCUCGUAUCCUACUCAUACAUCCUCAUGGCCAUCUUGCGGAUCCGCUCCACCGAGGGAAGGCGCAAGGCCUUCUCCACCUGCGCCUCCCACCUGACGGCCGUCUCGGUGUUCUACGGGAGUACUUUGUUUAUAUAUUUACACCCUACGGCCAGCUAUUCAUUGGACAGCAACAUGGUGGCCUCCGUGUUCUACACCAUGGUGAUCCCCAUGCUGAACCCCCUGAUCUACAGCCUGAGGAACAAGGAAGUGAAGCAGGCUAUGAGGAGAACCAUCAGCAAGAGGAUUGUUCUGUAA